CAUUAACACCAUUUGACUGAGAGUAAGUAAACAAAACUCACAUAUUCCGCGUAUAAAUCCUGUAUAUAGUAAUAUCUUGGUUCGGUUUUGGGGGUCUCUACUUUUAAAUUAUGGCUAAUUCUCGGUUUGAGUAUGUGAAACAAUACGAGCGAAUGGAUAGACUGUUGCCUGAAACAUAUAUUGUGAUUCGAAUUGAUGGAAAAGGAUUCCACAAAUUUACUAAGAAACAUGAAUUUGAAAAGCCCAACGAUCUUAGGUGCUUGAGUUUGAUGAACGCAGCUGCAAGAGUCGUAAUGUCAGAAUUUACAGACAUCGUAUUGGCAUAUGGAGACAGCGAUGAGUAUAGUUUUGUAUGGUCGAAGAGUACUGAAUUAUAUGAACGGAGAGAAAACAAAUUAGUUUCUCAUGUGUGCUCCUUGUUUACAUCGGCCUUCGUUUUCAAUUGGCCUCAAUAUUUUGAGAUUCCACUCUUGUCUCUUCCAUCCUUCGACGGACGUGCUGUUUUAUAUCCUAAUCUUAGCGUUUUACGGGACUAUCUGAACUGGAGACAGGUCGACUGUCACAUAAAUAAUUUGUAUAAUACUACGUUUUGGGCUUUAAUACAAAAAGGCGGAUUAACAAAUACAAAGGCAGAAGAAUACUUAAAAGGUACUAUAAGUUCUCAAAAGCAUGAAAUUCUCUUUUCUCAAUUUCAUAUAAACUAUAAUAACGAACGUGAAAUUUAUAAGAAAGGUUCAAUCUGGGUACGCGAGCCUGAAGAUGUAUCAGCUCCUUCUAAAAAUCAAAAGUACUCUACUAAACAAAAACGAAAAAUGGGUUUACGAUUACUUCAUGUUAGUAUUAUUGACAAUGAGUUUUGGAAUUCUCGACCCUACCUCACCAUUCUGCUGAACUAAGUCUUAUAUUUUUUAUUAAAAUAACCCAAUGGUGACCUGGCGUUUUCUCUAGUUACUACAAUAGAUGUGCAAAAUUAAUUUAUUGAAGCCAUAGACUUUAUGAUAUAUCAUGCGUUGCUUCUCUAUUAUCAAUUAAAUAUAGAUUAAAUAAUUAAAGUAAAAAAAUAUUAGCGG